AUGCCUCUGCACGGUCUUCUCCCCAAGCCCCUCCCGAGUGACCUUUUGAUGGUCGGCCAACUCCUAACACAUCCACUCCACCCCGAACGCGAAUGCUUCUAUUCGAGCUCAGCGCACGAAGAAGUCGACGAUCUUAACGACUACCACAUUCAGCUUCGAUACAAAGAUCUGUACAGCCUUGACCAGGAGGGACGCUUCCUGACCAACUAUGGCGCCAAGUUCGAGCUUGGAAGGAUAUACAGGCAGCCGAAACUGCUCACAGUCAAGGCUGAGCAGAUGAUUCAGAGAACGAGUCAGGACCCCACAGCAGCCUUCCAGGCCGUUUGCAACGACCCAGAGGCGCGCACCUGGAUCUACGAUACCGUCAAGGCUGGCAAGCCGCUAUACAUUGUCAUGGGUAUCACAGAGUUGAAGAACGCUGUUUUCAAGCGGGCAAGGCUUCAAGACGCAGGCGCGUCAAACCGUCUAAACGAGGUGCCCAUUGGCAAGGACGAUAAAGUCCCAAAGCCUCUACAAAGGACCGCUAUCUCGGAUUCAGGCCUGGGGGGCAUUGGCAGCGAGCCGCAGAUUUCCGGCGUAUUCGGCAUGGACGUUCGACGCAUCACGGCCAAGAUCACAACACCGGCAGCGCCUCACGAGUUGUCUGACCUGAAGUAUCGAUGGAUCUACUUCGAUGUUGCUGGCAACGAGACAAAGGAACAGCUCAUGAUCGGUCUCGGUGAGCAGCUCAAGGCCAACGAGCUGCGACUUAUGCUCGACCUAUCUGAGGACGAUGUACAAGGCAACAUGGAAGCAAUCAGCAAGCUGAGUCUCGAUGCGUUGAGCGCUGCGGCUAGCCCCAUGCUGCGCCCCAGCUCGCCGGCUCUCCGCGGCCGAUCACCUUCACCGAACCCCGCGAUGCUACGAACUCAGCACUGA